AUGUCGCAAACGACAAUAACAUCACCCCGACUUGAUACCAUUUUGCAGAGGUCUGUGAGUUUUGGAGGAAGAGUGGAGAGGAGUGAGCAAUUAAGCUCUUCCUUAUCAAAUAUAAAUCCUCAUCAACAAGAUGAAGAUUCAAAGCAAAAUGCCGCUCAAUCACUACCAUCAUCAACAGAAGAACAUGCAUCCAAUACUUCAUUAUCAUCAUUGCCAAUAAUCGAUAUUACCAUAACCACUCCCAAAUCGGAUGAAACACAAAUGGUCAAUACAAUAACGACAAUCAUCAAUCAAGAAGAAAACAAAAAAUUACAACCUUUCUCCUCACUACCACCAUCAUCAGGAAUGAAUUUUUCAAAAUCAAAGCUUGCAGGUGGUGCAUCCUUGCAAUUACUAGAUGAAACACAAGAAGAUGAAUUACAAUGUGGAGGAUCUGUCAUGAUGCAUACAAGUGGUAAUAACCUUUCGGAUGAGGUAAAAUCCGAUGAUGAUUUGCUAAUGGAAAUUGAAUUAAAAGAUAUUAAUGUUGAUAAGAAGAAGGAC